GUGAUGGUGGUGGAGAGGGGGGCGGGGGGGGGUUGUCUGCACUGAGACUGAUCCAGGAUCAGAUUUAGGGAAGGCAGCUGUUGAGGGUUUGACAGGCAGACGGAUCGGAGCACUGCUGCGUAGCACAAGCAGAUUCGAGUCUGCAGAGGAGUGUGUCAGAUCACACUAAAACAGCAAGGAUGGUUCGUGAGCAGUACCUCACCACCACAGAUGAGUCUGGGGCUCUGGCUCCAGUCACUGAGUACAUCUACAUGAUCGGCAUCUACGGCUGGAGGAAACGCUGCCUCUAUCUGUUUGUUCUGCUUCUCCUCAUCAUUUUGGUGGUGAACUUUGCCCUCACAAUCUGGAUCCUGCGAGUCAUGUGGUUCAAUACGGAAGGCAUGGGAUACCUGCAGGUCAAUGAAGAUGGACUAAGACUGGAGGGAGAAUCUGAAUUCUUGUUCCCUGUCUAUGCCCAGGAAAUUGACUCCAGAGAGGAUUCAGCUCUUCUGGUGCACUCCUCUGAAAACGUUACGCUUAAUGCUCGUAAUGCCAGUGGUGAUGUAACAGGAAGUGUGUCUGUAGGUCCCAGUCAGGCCGAGGGUUUUGGCCAAUACUUUAAUAUCAGCUCCAACCAUGAUGAAAAUUUAUUUUAUGCGGAUGUAAAUGGAGCCGUUGUGGGAAAAGGAAAGCUCCGUGUAACAGGUCCAGAAGGUGCUAUCUUUGAGCAUUCUGUCAGGACUCCAAUGGUCAAAGCAGUACUUAACAAAGAGCUAAAACUGGAGUCUCCAACACGAUCUCUCAGCAUGGAUGCCCCAAAAGGCGUUCACGUCAAAGCCUUGGCUGGAAAUGUUGAUGUGACAGCACACUUUGAUAUUCAGCUACACUCAACUGCAGGACUGUUGAUUUUAGAUGCUGAAAGUGUUCGUCUGCCGACGUUACCUGUGGGAGAAGCGUCAGAUGAAUUUCUUGGAAUUUACAACACAUAUUAUGAAGUGUGUGUUUGUCCCAGCGGUAAGCUCUUCAUCUCCAAAGCUGCCGUCACUUCGACCUGCAGCGAGAGCCAGGACUGCUGAAUGACCUUCUGUCCUUAACGCCCCCACACUAGAAACAAAUCAUGUUUGUUACAUUGAAUUGGGCAAUUUUUUUUUUUUUUUUUUUUUUUACAUCAUGAUAUGUAUUAACAUGUUACUUAAAGAUCAGAGGGUACAUUCAUCUGUUUGGCUGGGGUUUUAUCAAGAUAGGGAAGAUGAAAUAUACAGUAUACACAACACACUCCCAUGGCAAUUUGUGGUGAAUUGGUGGUUAUAAAUUCAAACCUAAUAAAUUUGAAUCUAAUUCUCAUGUUUCCAUACAAUCUGCCUACUCCACACUGGAGGACCCUUAUGAUUAUUAUUAUUUAAAAAUGUCUAUGUAUGAAUCACAUUGUAUGAAUUCAUACAAAAUCAUCUUGUAAAAUAGUUACAUUUUCUAAUGAGAUCAGGUUGUGGAGACUGUACUUCAUACUAUAUAUGGAUCAAAAUUAUUGCAUAUUUUCUUCUAUUUUUUUUUUUUUUUUGUAUAAACAUUGUUAAAAAUUAGGCUGGGCAAUAAAGGGGCUGGUAAACAGCUGACAUCCUAUGCAAUAUAAUUUUGAGGUGCAAUAAAUAACCAAAUUCUGUGUGUUGCA